AUGUCGCUCCCCACGCGCGAGGUCCAGAUCAAGCAGGCCAGCGACAAUGCUGCCACAGCUGUAGAUGCUGCCACAGCUGUAGAUGCUGCCACAGCUGUAGAUGCUGCCACAGCUGUAGAUGCUGCCAGAGCUGACAAGCCAGCCGCCAAAAUCUUCGUCGACGCCUACUACGACGCCCUCAACCGCCGCAAGCCCUCCGCCAUCGCCGCCUUCUACACAACCGCCUCGACCUCCUACGCCUCGCACCCGCCCGACCUCUCCAUCAACGGCCUGCCCCUCACCGACCCAGCCGCCUACGCCCGCCUCCUCGACGACCACUACCACGAGGCGCCCCUCCCCGGCGUGCCGGCCCCCAAGGCCUCUUCCUCCUCCUCCUCGUCAGCCGCCUCGACGACGCCCCUCGUGCGCCUCGAGCUCGAGUCGUUCGACGCCCACGUCGUCAACCCCGACUACGUCGUCGCCGCGCCCCCCGGCAUCGCCGACACGCCCGACAAGACGGGCGCCAAGUGCAGCGUCCUCGUCCAGGUCACGGGCCGCCUCUACUACGGACGCGGCCGCGAGGCUGCCGCCAAGACGUUCAACGAGGUCUUUGUGCUCGUGCCCAACUGGGACACCUUUGGCCGGAACGCGCCCAAGGGGGCCCGCCGCUGGCUCAUUUCGAGCCAGAACUUUCGCUCUCUGUAG